AUGAGGCCUGAGAACCAGAGCAGCAUGUCCCAGGUCCUCCUUUUGGGGCUCCCCAUUCCGCCAGGGCAGCAGGGCGUGUUCUUCACCCUGUUCCUGGCCAUGUACCUGACCACGGUGCUGGGCAACCUGCUCAUCAGGCUGGACUCUCGCCUUCAUGCACCCAUGUACUUCAUUCUCAGCCAUUUGGCCUUCUCUGACGUUUCUCUCUCAUCUGUCAUCGUCCCAAAGAUGCCCAUGAACAUGCAGACUCAGCAUCAAUCCAUCUCCUAUAUGGGGUGUAUUUCUCCGUUGUAUUUUUUCAUACAUUUUGCUGGUCAUGACAAUUUCCUUCUGGCUGUGAUGUCAUAUGACAGGUACAUGGCCAUCUGUCACCCUCUGUACUACACCACCAUCAUGAGGGAGGGGCUGUGUUCAUUGCUGGUGGCUGGUUCUUGGAUAGUUGCCUGUGUCCAUUCUCUUAUUCAUACCCUCCCCUUGGUCCGACUCAUGAGGCCUGAGAACCAGAACAGCGUGUCCCAGUUCCUCCUCCUGGGACUCCCCAUCCCACCAGGGCAGCAGGGCAUGUUCUUCACCCUGUUCCUGGGCAUGUACCUGACCACGGUGCUGGGCAACCUGCUCAUCAUCCUGCUCAUCAGGCUGGACUCUCGCCUGCACACGCCCAUGUACUUCUUCCUCAGCCACUUGGCCUUCUCUGACAUUUCUCUUUCCUCUGUCACUGUCCCAAAAAUGCUAACGAAUAUGCAGACUCAGGAACAAUCCAUCUCCUAUGUGGGGUGUAUUACUCAGUUGUAUAUUUUCAUACUUUUUGUUGGUCUUGACAAUUUUAUUCUGGCUGUGAUGGCAUAUGACAGGUAUAUAGCCAUCUGUCAGCCUCUGCACUACACCACCAUCAUGAGGGAGGGGCUGUGUGUGCUGCUGGUGGCUGGCUCCUGGAUUCUCUCUUGUGGCAAUGCCCUCUUGCACACUCUCUUAGUUGGCCAGCUGUCUUCCUGUGCUGACAAUACCAUCACCCACUACUUCUGUGAACUUGCUGCACUUAUGAAGCUGAGCUGCUCAGAUACCUCCCUCAAUGAGAUGGUCAUAUUCACUGAGGGAGGAAUGAUUUUCUUCCUGCCUUUUAGUAGUAUUUUAUGCUCCUAUAUCCGUAUAGCAACCAUUAUCCUGAGAGUCCCCUCCACUAAGAGACUCUCUAAAGCCUUUUCUUCCUGUGGCUCCCAUCUCUCUGUGGUGUUUUUAUACUACGGGACAGCUACAGGUGUUUACUUUUUCUCCUCAUCAUGGGGUUCCAAAGACAUAAUUGCUUCGGUCAUGUAUACAGUAGUUACCCCCAUGCUGAACCCCUUCAUCUACAGCCUGAGGAACAGAGAUAUAAAACAGGCCUUAGAGAUGUGUGUCAAUAGGGUUAAGUUCUUUAAGCAGCAACCACUAAAUCCUCAUGUUUCAAUCAGGAGCAUAGUGAGAUAG